AUGUUCAUAUCUCUACUCCUAAACCUAGUAUUGCUAUUCAUUCUACACGGUCUGCAAUGUAGCGCCCAGGAAGUGUAUGCGCCCGUUCCAUCCCCCUGGAUAGACCGCAAAGAUGCAGCAGAGGACCCCAUCAGCGGCAUCGAAUUCAUCCAGCCCGAUGACUCGCUCGAAUGCCCCGAGCAGCCACUCCACGCCUACCUCGUCAGCCAAGACCCGCUGGUCAUCUAUCUCGAGAAUUUCGUCAGCGCCAAUGAGUCGGAGCAUCUGAUUCAGCAAAGCUCAACCCACCUAACCCCCGCAGCCGUCUACCAAGCCGGAACCACAGGCGUCGACCAAAGCGCCCGAAAGUCCCGCACAGCCCUCCUCGACCGCGACGCAACCGUCCGCUGCAUCGAACAGCGCACGCGCCGCAUCCAGGAAUGGAACCCGGCGGCAAUGGCCCUUGAGCGCAUCACGGUCCAGCGGUACGACGCCAAUGGGUUCUUCCGGCACCAUUAUGACUGGUUCGGGCGCGCGCCGGGCGCAGACCGCAUCUCGACGGUGAAUGUUUUUCUGCAGGGUGUCGGGGAUUGUGAGGGGGGUGGGACACAUUUCCCGAAUCUGCGUAUGCCGCCUGGUACAGCGGCGGGUACGCCGGACUCGGAGGAAUGGUGUCGGUUUCUAGACUGUGAGGCUGCGGCGGCGGAAUUGGGUGGGGUGACCUUUUUGCCUGUGGCUGGGAAUGCGAUCUACUGGGAUAAUGUGAGGCGUGAUGGGUCGGGGUAUAUGGAGACGCUGCAUGCGGGGAUGCCUGUGCAAAAGGGGACGAAGAUUGGGUUGAAUAUUUGGAGUUGGGCUGUGCCUGAGGGGAGGGGUCAGCCCUGA